UCUCUCUCAGUUCCUCGUGAUCCAGGCGGCAUUCGCGAGCAUUUCUUUCCUCAUUUCGGAGUAACCUCGUCUCGCUCUGCAAUGGCCGCUGCCGCUGGAUCGUGCUCCAUGGUGCCCGCCGUGUCCUUUGCUAGCGUCGGAUCCCUUGCGAGAGCUUCCCCCGUGGUCGGAUUCAGGCCCAGCGCCAUUGUCUUGACAAGCAAGCGUGGUCGCUCCCUCAUUUCAUGCGCAGCAAAGCCAGAGACUCUUGCUUCAGUCCAGAAGAUCAUCGCCACCCAACUCUCGAUCGAUCAGUCCAGCGUCACUCCGGCUGCCAAGUUCGCCGAUCUUGGAGCCGACUCGCUCGACACGGUUGAGGUGAUGAUGCAACUCGAGGAGAACUUCAAGAUCAGCCUGGGCGAGGAGGGAGCCGAGAAGAUUGUCACCGUGCAAGACGCUGCCGAUUUGAUCGAGGAUGUGAUCGCCAAGCAGUGAAGAAAGCAAGCAACGCGUUCUUGCGGCGGAUCAACCAACCAAAAUGGCAUCGUUUUUGUAGUUUAAUAAUUCGUUUUGUCCCCUGUUCUUACAGAUCCGUUGACUGCAUUUUUAUUCUUUCCUUUCUUUCU